AUGACAUCACUUUAUGAGAUCCGAUACGCGCCGAGCGUUUGGCGUCUACUUAACGGCGUCUUCUGUAUCUAUAAACCAAACCAUAAGUCAGUUUCAUCGACCCGACGGACACUUCUUAAUAAUCUAUGCAAUGAUCUCAACGAUAUGAUAGUCCGACCGCCGCGACAAAUGGUUCAAAUAGCUGGUGAUCUUUCGUCGGGCAAUGAACUGAAAGUUGAAAUCAAAGAAAAUUUGUCCGACAAUCCACUUGUUGUCGGCAAACGAUAUCAACAGCAAGACUUUGCACUUUCUGUUGUCAAUAAUCCGGGAUAUUUUGCGUCCGGUGUUGUUGUCGUGUUUAUCGGCAAAAUGGCCAAAAAUGCCAACGAAUUUAGAAGAGCUAAUCAUUUAAGAGUUUACGAAAUAAAAGGCCGAUUAGGUAUGACAACAGACAAUGCGAACAGUGAUGGAAGGAUUGUCGAAAAGUCGUGGUUCAGACACGUCAACGAAGGACGGAUAAGCCGAGUCCUGAGCAAAAUCGAGUCAACACAUCAAACGCUUAUGUAUAAAGUUAUGGGAAUCGAUAUGACCACUCAGGAAGCAUACGAUUUGGCCUCUCGGGGAAUGGUUAGGCCAGCUAUGCGUAAGACUAUUCCCAUCUUAUAUAGGUUACGUUUGACAGACUUGUCAUUGCCCGAGUUUACCAUUGAAGUCGAAUACUCAAACGGUACGGACCAUUCACUGUCGACCACUCUUUAUUGUUAA